AUGCCCCCUUCGGUUGGUUGGAUCAAAUGUAACAUUGAUGGAGCUUUUGAUGACAUCUCUGGAGAUAAUGGUGCAGGAUAUGUGAUGAAAAAUUCUACUAGCAAAGCCUCUUUCUGUGCUGCCAUGGUUUUUGAAGUUUCGUCUGCAGAAGAAGCUGAAGCUAGAGCCAUCUGGGGAGUUCUCAAGAAAGCAGUGGAACAGAAGAUGACCCAUAUCAUCAUUGAAAUUGAUGCUAAGAAGCUGGUGGAACAAUUCUCUUUAGGUUCUUUUGAUGGUGAUUCUAGGACAAAUGCCAUAUUUAAAGACAUUCAGUUAUUUGCCUCUAAUUUAAUAGCUUCUAUCUUUAGUUUUCAACCUAUAAUCUGUAAUAUCGUUUCUCAUGAGUUAGCUCGCGCUAAACGUAAGAAAACUUCUAUGUACUGGUUUAUGCCUCCUGCUUGGCUAGCUCCAGCAGUUAAGGGAGACUAUUAG